AUGGAUACAAAGAGUUCCAAGUAUUUGAUGUCGUGGUUGGAGAAGCGUUCGGAAGACAUCGCAAGAAUUCAGCUCCCUAUCGGAAACCCUCUGCAAGGAGUGGAUAUACAAGAUGUGUCUGCCGUAACGAGAGCGAUUGAUAAUUACAGCUGGUCACUAUUUCAACACGUCCCUUUUGCUGCUUGGGUCCGAAAAGCACUGGGAGAGGAGGUGGACUUGAUAGACUCCUUUCUUCUUCAUCAUGACAUAAUCGCUGUCCGACUCUACUACCGUCUUCAGCGAUGUUCUGACAAGGAGGAGAUUAAGAGCCAUCUUCUGGAGGCUGCUUCCGAUAUUGGUGGGUUCACCCACUCAGUAAUAUCGAGUGGCAUUCGCUGCAGGGAUGGAAACUGCGUAGAUACCAGCUUCAUCAUCAACCCUCUUGCGCGUCUCUUUGAUCGUCCUGUCAUUGGAUCCCUUCGCGAUAUAAUUGGCAUCUUGGACGUGCGAUAUCAGCGUACAUAUCACCAACAGCGGGACAUCAAUACGGCGGUUGAGUUCCGGACCGACAUUUCGUUCUUCCAUGCGCUUACGGCAUCCACUGUAUCGUUGGCCGACCUGGCCGAUUCAACCGCGCGAAAAGACUUGAGAUCAUUUCAAGAUUAUAUUCUCUUCGAGAAAAAAUCUAGCCUGCAACAGUUUAAUCUGUCUUGGAAUGAUCGGUGUGAAGAAGUUAUGGAGUGCCUUCAGGUACGACCUGAGCUCCAUACCAUGCUGGUUGAAUUUGCUUUGGUAAGUUGCCUCAAGUCUCCCCUUCAACUCGUUGCUAAUAUCCCUUGA